UUACUGGGCAGAGACAAGUUUCGCAAAUUCUCAACAAUUUCGUCAUUUCUAAGCCCGAUUAUGAAUCCUUCUUGAUAGUUUUGGUGAUUUAAAUGAUUAGUUAAUUGCGCACCAAACAUGAUGAAUGUCGGAAAGCUUGGGUCUGUUGGCCAGAGAUACCUUGUCAGACCCCUUGGCCAAUGCUCAACAGCUACUGUGAUAAAAUCUGGACCUGCCCUGCGAGGAUCUCUUCAAAAUUCCAUCAAGUCUGCUGUAAAGCUGCCAAGAGUAACCAACCCAGUGCAGCAGCAGACAUGCAAUUUCAGUUCACUCCGGUAUCCAAAGACAAUAGUUUUCAAUUCACUUCGGACGGCCGGAGUUGGUGUUCAAAGACGGGAGGUCGGAACGAUUGUGCGGGCUUUUUCCAGGAUCCUGAAGUUACGAUACUUGAUAUUUGGUGGCGCUGUUGGAGGUGGAGUGGCUAUAAACAAGAAAUAUGAAUCGUUUCGUGACGGCCUGCCUGAUAUUGGAUGGUUGAAGAACUACCUGCCAGAAAAUGAGAAGGUCGAGCAGUGGCGUGAACAGUUCAGGAACAAAUGGAAUCAAAUGGGUCUACCAGAGAAAGGCUGGAUGAAAGGCUAUAUAAAGACUGCCAGCAAACCAUUCAAGUCGAUAUCAGAGUGGCUGGAAUCUGCAUCGGAUGAAGAUAUUACGAAGAUGUUCUCAGAAGGUCUUCAAGAUUUGUUUUUCCUUGGUCCCCAGGCAGAUAGUGGGAGUAGCGACAUGGUCAACCAUGCUUUGCCUUUUGGUAAAUUUGCAAGAAAUGAGGAGACAAUAAAAGUGCCGCGGAAUGAUAAAGAGCGUCUGGAGCAGGUUCAAGAUGAGCUCCUUCAGGUACAGAUUAAGUACCAGAAGGAGAUCGAGCGAUUAGAAAAAGACAACCGCGAACUACGGAAACAGAUGUUACUCAAGAAACAACACAACCAGAAACGACGCCAAAUGAAGAAAUCUCCUAUUGACAUGUACUCUGAAUGCCUGGAUGAACUGGCUGAUUACGACUCUAGUUACAAUACACAAGAUCACCUACCAAGAGUGGUGGUAGUUGGAGAUCAAAGCUCUGGGAAAACUAGCGUCCUUGAGAUGAUUGCGCAAGCUAGGAUAUUUCCAAGGGGUUCCGGUGAGAUGAUGACACGCUCCCCUGUCAAGGUCACCCUCAGUGAGGGACCAUAUCACAUUGCUACGUUCAAGGACAGCUCUCGGGAGUUUGACUUGACAAAGGAAUCGGAGCUGGAAGCGCUGAGGAGGGAAGUUGAAAUACGUAUGAAAGCGAGUGUCAGUCAGGGGCAGACUGUGAGUGAGCAGGUCAUAUCGAUGAGUGUCAAGGGCCCCGGCUUACAGAGGAUGGUUCUAGUCGAUUUACCAGGUGUCAUAAGUACUGUCACCACGGAUAUGGCCUCUGACACCAAAGAUGCAAUCAAGAAUAUCUGUAGACGGAAUAUGGAGAAUCCGAAUGCUAUCAUCCUGUGUAUACAAGACGGCUCCAUUGAUGCGGAACGUAGCAACGUAACAGAUCUAGUCAGCCAGAUUGACCCGGCAGGGAAACGCACCAUCUUUGUCUUGACCAAGGUGGACCUCGCCGAGUCUAAUCUCUACAACCCAGACCGCAUCAAGAAGAUUCUGGAGGGACGCCUCUUCCCGAUGAAAGCCCUAGGAUACUUUGCUGUGGUCACGGGCAAGGGUAAUACCAACGACAGUAUACAAGCCAUCAGAGAUUACGAGGAGGAUUUCUUUAGAAGUUCAAAACUCUUCAGAGAAGGAGUACUCAAGUCGACGCAGAUGACCACAAAGACGUUGAGCAUGGCCGUGUCGGAGUGUUUCUGGAAGAUGGUCAAGGAGUCUGUUGAGCAACAAGCUGAUGCAUUUAAAGCCACCAGAUUUAACCUGGAGACAGAAUGGAAGAACACAUUUCCCAAGCUGCGGGAAUUGGAUCGAGAUGAACUAUUCGAGAAAGCGAGAGGGGAAAUAUUGGAUGAAGUGAUCAACCUGAGUCAGGUCACAGCAAAAUAUUGGGAGGAGUUAUUCACGAAGACUUUGUGGGACAAAGUGUCGACACAUGUGAUUGAAAAUAUCUAUUUACCUGCUUCUCAAACAGACAAUAUUGGAACGUUCAACACGGCCGUUGACAUCAAACUCAAACAAUGGGCUGAUGCCCAGUUGCCAGCGAAGGCGGUACAAGUCGGCUGGGACACUCUACAAGAAGAAUUCAGCAAGUUCGUCGAGAAGGAUAAGAAGGGCAAGGACCAUGAUGAUAUCUAUGACAGUCUGAAGCGGGCGGUGCAGGAGGAAUCCAACCGGAGGCAUAAGUGGGACGAGAAGGCUGAGGAUAGUUUGAGAGUGAUCCAGAUCAAUGCUCUGGAGGACCGGUCCGUACCGGACAAGCAGCAUUGGGAUCAGGCCAUCAAGUUCAUGGAUGUGUCCCUGAAGAGGAAACAACAACAAAUUGAGGAUAAUAUCAAAGAGAUGACCGGUCCCUCUACGAGUGAACAGUGGUGGCAUUGGAGGUACAAGACCCCGGAACAGAGGAAUAGAUCUGCAGCCAAAAUAGAAUUAGAGAAAAUGUUAAAUGCUGAUCCAAAACAUAAAUCUCAGCUUGCCUAUGAUGAAGUCACGACAGUCAGGAAGAACUUGCAGACAAAUAAUUUUGAUGUGACGGACGACUUUAUCAAGGAAACGUGGUACCACUUGUACAGGAGCCACUUCUUCAAACAAGCCAUCAAGACUGCAUCAGACUGCAAGAAGGGAUUCUAUUACUAUCAGAGGGGAUUCAUCGACUCGGGGAUGCAGUGCAGUGACAUUGUACUCUUCUGGCGGAUUGACCGGAUGUUACAGAUCACUAGUAAUGCUCUCAGACAACAGGUCAUCAACAAUGAAGCUCGACGGUUAGAGAAGAACAUCAAGGAAGUCUUAGACGACUUCGGUGAUGACAAGGCCAAACUCCAGGAGUUGCUGACAGGGAAGCGUGUUCUGCUGGCUGAGGAAUUAAAACGAGUGCGACAGAUUCAAGAGAAAUUAGAAGAAUUCAUUCAAGCUCUCAACAAGGAGAAGUGAGGUGAUGGAUUGAGAGUUGUCAUCUACAGCUAAAUCAUGUGUGCUAGUUGGUGCUUGUUAAAACCUUGUCAGCUCCUGGGAAGUUAGACAGUAGAUUGAAAAUGUGACCAAAUAGAAUGGCGCAUCUGCAAGGAGGACGACUUGCUUGAAGGUGAGCGGAUGGGAGCGGGUGAGACUUGAAAAGUCCCAAAUCAAACGCCUAGUUUUCCUUGUUAUUAGACCACUUGUGAAAUGGAGGCUUUCAAGGGAGCCUUGUGAAGGGUGCCUCUGAGGGGAGGGCCAGACAUUCAUGAGGGGAGGAGGGGAGGGUGCUGAAGGGCACUGCAGACUGUAACAUUAGACACUUCCGAUUGUCUCUUGAGCCCCCUGAAAUGGUCCUGUUCCCACAUUUACUCAGUUAAGGAGUUGGCUCCAUUGUGAUGUAUUUAUGUCUGCCAAUGGAUUACUUAUGUGCAAGAUGUAUUAAUAAUUAUUUGAUAUCAAUAAUAAGUGUAAAU